AUGCUUCUUCUCAUCGUCUUUCCCGUAGCGACGAUGUCCGCCUGCUAUGCGCGCGUCGCCAUCAUCGUUUAUAGUUCGUCGAAGAGUAGACUCGUGCUUUCACAGGCGAUGGUGGCCUUUAGUAAAGCGGCCACUGACGCUGUGCACUUCUCCGGCUACAGUACCAUUCCAAUGAUUUCGACCAGUCGGGAACUGAAAUCGGCAACCAGCACCAUUAAUGCUUAUAAGCAUAAAAGUGCUAGAGUAGCGGAAGCCAAUAAGAAACAGAUUGUACAAAUCUAA